AUGUUUCUCAGUGCAAUUGUCAUGAUGAAGUAUCGAAGAGCGAUAACUCUGGAGCAAUAUAUAGGGAAUAUCUUUCUCUUCAGUAAGGUGACUAAUGUGAUGUUGUUCUCACGCUGUGUGUGGGUAAAUGUAUGUACAGUGUUCAUGAUUGCAUGUAAACCACCAAUCUACAUGGGCGAUGAGUACAUCAAAUACUUCAGUGACACAACCAUAGAGAAAGAACUGGAGAGAGACAGUCGUGUGACAUAUGUUGAGUUUUAUGCCAACUGGUCUCCAGAGUGUCAGUCAUUUGCCCCCAUAUUUGAUGAUCUGUCACUUAAGUAUAACUGCUUAGGCCUCAAAUUUGGGAAAGUGGACAUCGGACAAUAUGGAGCAGUUUCAGAGAAGUAUAAGGUAAACCCCUCCCCAUUUUCUAAGCAGCUGCCCUGCAUGUUGCUGCUACACGGUGGACGAGAGGUUAUGCGUCACCUUCAAGUGGACAAAAAGGGAAGAGCCGUUGCCUGGACUUUCACAGAGAACAUCUGAGCAGCUGAAACAGAUGCACCUGGAAGAAAAGCAUAAGAUAAAGAAUAAAAGCUGAACUGAAACACAACAAAUCUUUGUGAGGCUUAUAUUUGCACUUGUUGGCUGCUUGAGUUUGCUUCUGAUGCCCAUGGAGAGGAGCCUGGAAUAAGCACGCUCCAUUACAGCACCUUGGCAGAUGGCAGGUUGGCACGGCUGAGGACACAGAGACAGAUUGAGGCUGACACAGCAGACCUGCACUUGGCGAAUGGCUGGCACUGCCUGCUGUGUGGAUCAGAGCCUAUAUCGAACAGGCACUAUGAGAUUCAUUACAUCACUUUUGUUCCCUUGCUGAAUCGCACAGCAGCAUGGUCAUGCGAGUUAACCCCGCCCCUUCUGUGCCGGUGGGUGUGGCUAUAAACGUCAAAGACAAACCUCAACCAAUGGGAAUUUAGAAAGACGGAUCUCUGUGUCAG